GCUCCUCCUCCGGCCUCCGGAGAGGGGAGGAGAGGCCGGGAUCGGCCCCGGCGGCUCGGGGCUGCCCACCUGAGCCUCGCUCUGCCGCCGCAGGGGCCGGGGGUUGGGACCGAGCAUCCUCCGGCCCCGCAGCCCAUGGGGGUCCCGGGAGGGGUGCGGAGCUCCUGCCCCGCUCGGGCUGCCUCCCGGCCGGCAUGGAGAGCCUGGGCGGCAGCCUGAAGAAGAAAGCCGCGGAGCUGCACUACAGGGCGGAGGUGAUGAUCGCCGGGGAGCAGCUGAGGCUUCGCCUCCACGAUGGGAAGCUCAUUAAGGACAGGCGCUACCACCUCCGAACGUACCCCAACUGCUUCGUGGCCAAGGAGCUCACGGACUGGCUGAUUGACCACAAAGAAGCCCCAGACCGAGAGACGGGCAUCCGCCUCAUGCAGAAGCUGAUGGACCACUACAUCAUCCACCACGUGUGCGACGAGCACUCGGACUACAAGGAUGCCAAGCUGCUGUACCGCUUCCGCAAGGACGACGGGACCUUCCCUCUCAACAAGGAUGUGAAGGUCUUCGUGAGGGGGCAGAGCCUGUACGAGAAGCUGGUCGGUGCCGAGGGGUCCAUCCUGAAGGUGAGGGAGGAGAACUCGGUCAAGUACCAGAGGACGUUCCUGGGCUGCGAGAUGGUCGACUGGCUGGUUCAGGAGGGGGAAGCCGAGAGCCGAAAGGAGGCGGUGGAGCUGGGCCAGGCGCUGCUGGAGCACGGGAUCAUUCAGCACGUCUCCAACAGGCAUCACUUCUUUGACGGUGACCUCCUCUACCAGUUCUGGAUCAACUUCCGACGCAGGCGGCGUCUCACCGAGCUGCUCAACGAGAACUCUUCCCGUGCCUUGUCCGAGAGCCCAGACAGCCCCUUCUGCCUCCGCAAGCUCAACCCGGACCCGGGCAACACCAGCUUUCUCUCUGUGCAGCCCAACAAGGAGAUCAAAAUCGUCUCAGCAGUUCGAAGGAGCAGCAUCACUUCCCUCGCUGGAAACUCCAACCCCUACUUCAGCGUUACUCCCACGCUGGUGUUCCCUCCCGUGGCUGAGUGCAACCCCAAAUCAGUGUUAAAGAGACCUGUCACCAACGAAGAGCUCCUGUCCCCCGGGGCUCCCUAUGUCAAGAAGACCUUAACCAUUGUGGGCGAUGCUGUGGGCUGGGGGUUUGUGGUCCGAGGAGGAAGACCUUGCCACAUCCAGGCGGUGGACCCGGGAGGACCCGCUGCUGCUGCGGGCAUGAAGGUGUGCCAGUUUGUGUUCUCCGUGAAUGGCAUGUAUGUUUUGCACCUGGACUAUCAGACCAUCAGCAGCCUCAUCAUGACAGGACCACGAACGCUCGUCAUGGAAGUCAUGGAAGCCGUUGAAUGAGCGAAGGAGCCUCGUGCCACCGCUGGGUGGAAAAGCAGGACACUUUGCAGAGCAAGGACGGACGGUGGGGAGGGACCGAGCUUGACCUUUCGGUCUGAAAUGUUAGGUGUUCUGACAUAUAUUCAAAUAAAUACAUUGUAAAGGACAA